UGACCUAACCAAGCUUAGGCUACCUUUACCAGCUGGUCGUAAGGGAUUCCUUUAAGCAGCUAUAGGUAUAAGCUGAGGGAUAGGCUGGUACAAUAGAGGAAGAUGUCACAGUGGUCUGCUCCAUUUGUACAUGCCCAUUGGUCCUAAAUAUACCUCUUCCAUCUUAUAAUGAGUUGAUUCCUGCCUAAUCUUUUGACUAUGUACGUCUGACAGUAUCUCACUCUCACUGAGCAAGUUGGAUUGUAUGGUCUCUUGGUACUCCUUGCCUAGUAGUAAGCCAGAGUUGCUUGCAAAAGGUGGUUUUCUUCUCAGUUACAGGUGAUAUGGCCUUGCUACAGAAUCUUAAGGGUUUGCAUUGUGAUUCUCUCAUUGGAGCUUGCAUGGAUGCCCCAUGGCAUUGUUUUUCUCACCACCGAUGCCUCUAACAACAGGGGGUCUGAUGGAUCAUAUGACCCAAGUGGGAAGUCUGCUUCCAUCACAGCCUAGAACUGCUUCAGAGUCCUUUUUGGCUCUGGACCCCACUCAAACACAGCUGUCUUUCAUGUCAACAGGUAUAUAGACCAGAACAGUAUUCCCAGGAACUGGUAUGUGGAUGAGCCUUCCUGCGGCAGCGAGGUCUGCGUGGUCAUGUACCAUCAGCCGUCGGCCCCCGCCGGCAUCGGGGGCCCUUACAUGUUCCAGUGGAAUGACGACCGAUGUACCAUGAAGAACAAUUUCAUCUGCAAAUAUUCUGAUGAGAAACCAACAGUUCCUUCUACAAGGACUGGAGGUGAAGAGACAGAGCUAGCAACACCCGUACUUCCAGAAGACACAGAGAAAGAAGAUGCCACAGAAACGCUGAAAGAAAGCAAAGAAGCUGCCUUGAAUCUUGCCUACAUCCUAAUCUUCAGCAUUCUCCUCCUCCUUGUGGUCACCACAGGUGUAUGUUGGGUUUGGAUCUGUAGAAGGAGGAAACGGGGGCAGCCGGACCCCAGCACUAAGGAGCAGCGCCCCUCCUGGCCGGCUUCUCAGCCCGGGAACAGCCCGGACCUCGAGGUUUACAACGUCAUACGAAAGCAGAGCGAGGCUGAUCUGGCCGAGACCCGCCCGGACCUACAGAACAUCUCGUUCCGGGCGCGCUCGGGAGAGGCCGCGCCCGACGCCGUGUCUUGUGACUAUGAAAACGUGGCCGUGAACCCGUCUGAAAGCGGGUUCGUGACGCUGGGGAGCUUGGAGAGUGGCUUCGUCACCAACGACGUUUACGAGUUCUCCCCGGGCCGAGCGGGGAGGAGCAAGGAGUCCGGAUGGGUGGAAAAUGAAAUAUAUGGUUAUUAGGAGGCUCGAAGGAACCCUGAACUGACAAGAAUGGGAAUUGGAGAGAGAAGCAAUUUUCCUAUAAGGGAAACACUCAGAAGGUUUCUGAAAGGGCUCGGAUCACAUCCUGGGGGUGAGCAUGAGACGGUUUGAGCCCCCACUGGAGCCCUGGUUUGGGCUGUGUCACUUAACCCAGCCCCUCGCAGGGCUGGAACCUCUAAGAAGCACCUUGCCCAGGGGCGGGCACGUGGUAGAAAAUAAAUACCUAAUUGUUAUAACUGA